AUGCCAAAAGUCAACAGCUAUGCGCCAGCCUGGCUGUGCCGGCCCUCGCCUGGCGCGAGCUUCCUGACCAGCAAAUCCUCGCAGAGCCCGGCGGAAGAUAUUAACAAGUCAUCGAAACCACCUACCAGCGGACCGAAUCGAACGAUUGCCAGAAGGGGAAAUGAAGUGUUCGCCGUGGUUGAUAAUGAGAUCCGCUGGUCAAACCUUGCGCGCCUCAAAGAUCAAUGGCAACAACAAAAUAAGCAGAAGAAGGGAUCUGCCGAUGUUGGAAAUGCCACAGAUACAAAGUUGCCAUCCUACAGGGUUUUGGCUGUCCCUGUGUAUGGAUUGAUAAAACAAAUCAUUCCCUCACCAAAUGGCGCCUUCCUCGCAAUUAUCACUGAACACACCGUUCACAUCUCUGUCCUCCCCGAUUCUUCGCACCUGUCGUCUUCCGACUCUACCGCCCUUCGCCUGAAGACAUACCAGCUGGGACCGACCACUCAUGUCAUUCCUGAGGCGCCGGUUGUAUCUGCACUAUGGCAUCCCUUGGGCCUGCACAGCAACCUUAGCGGUUGUAUUGUUACAAUCACCGCUGACGCCGCGGUGCGCGUGUGGGAGUUGGACCGCAACAACCACUGGUCCUUUGACCAGCCAACCCUGGCAAUCGAUUUGAAGAAGCUUGUCGAUGGAACUUCGUCUGAUGAAGACUUUGCGCCUUCAGGAUUUGGCAAGAACAAGGGAUUUUCGGCUGAUCUUAUCGACAUGGAGGUCGCUUCGGCCUGUUUUGCGGGCAGUGGAGAAGAAAAAGAGGAUGCGUGGGCACCAAUGACCCUGUGGGUGGCCAUGAGACCCGGUGAUCUCUACGCACUGUGCCCUCUCCUGCCCUCCAAGUGGCAGGCUCCAUCAACGACUAUCCCUUCCCUCUCUUCGGCGAUUGUUCCGAAGUUAACGGCUCUAGAGCAAGACCCCGACCAAUUCGACGAGGAAUUGACCGCGUGCCGGCAACAGUACGAUUGGCUCAGCGAGCUCGACGAUCAAGAGCCUUUGGGUCUGCCUGCUGGAGCCGAAACCCUCCAGGGCGCGGAGAUUUUCACUCGCCCCGCCACUCCUAGCGCUAUUCCCAGAUUGCAAGGGCCUUUCCGAUUUGAUACCGGUGAUGAACUGGAUGACCUUGACCUUUGUGACAUUCUUGUCAUUGCUGCUAGACUGAAUGUUGAUGAUCUCAUGAUGGGCGAAGAGGAAGAACUGGCCGUUGAUGCCAGCGAACAGGAUAAACUCUCGGCCACUGUUCUCUCUCUUUCGAGUGGAAAUGGCCGAGUUCACAUAUGUUUGGAGCUCGACGGCGUUGAGGGACAGUGGCUGCCCAAGGCCCAAAAGAACGCCUUCCGAACACCUCUCUCGGAACCAUCUGAUCUUGUCCUGGUCGAAUCCCUGGAUACUGUUAGGACCGGCGAAGCAACUACAUGGCCCACUUUCACCAAGGAUAUCCACUCUCGCUAUUCUUUCUUUGUCACGACUGCAACCAAUGUGGUAUCUCUGUCUUUGACCGCAUGGGCGCAAAGACUGGAAGCCGAAUUACAGGCGGAAGACUCUGCUGGUUCUGCUUUCCGCCUGCAGGUUCUUUGCGACGGAAAUGUCUGUCAAAGAGAAAAGAUCCUGCAGGUCUCAGAAGCUGAUAUCACUUCGAAGAAUGAACACCUCGCGCAGUCACUUGUCUUUUAUGAUUUUGAUCUUGGCUACCUGCUUCUCACUUCGCUUCCAUCAAACCCAUAUGCAGCAGUGAUGGAUUCGCCAGAAGACGCCCUCGCCGCGGCACUUGAAAGGCAGCUUUAUGAGAGGAAGGCCACAACGGCAACCUCAGUGACUAUGCCCCCUCGGCGCGCACCAUAUCAAGUUCCCGCAAUCUUCUACUCCGAAUGCCCGCUGAAUUCAUUCGUUGAAAAGCAUGUUCCGCACCGCCAACGCCAUACACUCAAGGAGCAAGUACGCCUGUCCCCUGCAACAUUGGACCUUGUGGCUACUGCUCACCGUGUUCUGUCCGCGCACACAAAUGCUCUCGAAAGAGCUGCCUCGGAUCUUUUUCGCCGGUGCGAACGUCUACAGGGCGAGAUGCAGGAUCAAUUGAAGCAAAUUUCAGAUGUUGCGGAGCGCGUCAAGGGUGUCACCAGUGAGAUUGGAGAAGAUGGACACCGCACAGAAGGCGUCCGAACUGGAGAAGCCCUGGACAAGAGAUUGCAAGCCGCCAAAGAUAAGCAAGAUGAAUUGCAGCGCCGAUACGAGGCAUUACGCAAGAAGGUUUUGAACUCCGGAGGUCGUCCCCUGAGUGAAAGGGAGAAGACCUGGGUUACCGAGGUCAAGUCUUUGUCUGGAUACUUGCAGCCUGGUCAGAAUGAGGAUCAAGAUGAGAAUCAAGAUUUGAUACCUCGCUUGGAGACUGUCAAACGCCUUGCUUUGGAUCUUAUCGCCCAGACCAAGACUAUUGCUGCCAAGUCGCCAUCUGCUGAGCCUGCAAGUCCGAACUCUCCAAACGGGGCUCACCCCAAGGUCCCGCAACGCCUGCAACGUGCCAAGGUUGCGGAUGCUAUGAGAAUGGUUGAACGAGAGUCUGCUGUCAUUGAUGCGAUUACCGCACGCUUGGAACGACUCAACACGAGUCUAUGA